CAGCUCAGCUAACGCACACACGCACGACUCCUCCAAUCUGAGCCGCUUUGAGUCUCACCGUUUCAUCUGGUGCUAUCAGGGCUGAUGAGAGCCUCUUGUCUUUCUGGGUCUGCUACAGCUGCUGUGUGAGACACGAUCAUGCUGCAUCUUGUUGAUGGUACUGCAGAAGGCAACAACCAGAUCUGAAUGAAAUUUAAACAUCCAUGAUUGUGUAAUGUAGGUUCUGCAUGAUGAUAUCCACAUGGGUGUCAGUGACUGCCAUGCUGGUGGCAUUAAUGAAUGGAGUGAGGACUGAGGAUAACACACAGCCGUGUGCAAAGGUGCACACGUCCAGAUCAGUGGUGCCACUGGGGUCACCUGUCACAGCCACCUGUGUCAUCAGAGAUGACUGCCCCCUGGUCAUUGGACAAGCUGUUCAUAUCGAGUGGCGCCUUGGCGAUCGCUUAAUUCCCAGUAGCCCCGCGGUCAAUGAGAGUGACAGGGUCUCCCGAGCUGUUGUUGCAAGCUUCAAUCACACCAGGGCCGUUCUCACUUGCUGUAUCCAGGCAUCCAAUCAAGUGGUCGCAGGAGUGGAGAUCCGAGCUGGAUAUUCACCAGAAUCACCACGAAACCUCAGCUGUCAGACGAACCUCACUAGCCCGAUCACCCUGACCUGUAGCUGGACCCCUGGACAGCACGACACCCAUCUUCCCACAAACUACAGCCUCCACACUGAGAUAUGGGAUUCAAGCAAGAACCACACUUAUGAGCCACCAUCAGGAGUCCACCACUAUACUAUCCCUCGCUCCGACUUCAUUCUCUUCUCUGAAAUGAAAAUAUAUGUCAAGGCUAAAAAUUCACUUGGAGAGGCAACUUCAGCACCAGUUGUUCUGGAACCAGUUAGUGCAGCCAAGUUUGACCCGCCAAAGAUCAGAGCAAUUCAAGUGGUGCCUAAAAGGUUGGGAUGCCUGAGGCUGAGCUGGAGUUUGUCCCAGCACCAGGUGUGGAUGCGCAACUAUCUGAAUCUGGAAGUCCGGCUUAAGACUGCUGACAGCAGCAGUUGGAGUGAGAAGACAAUCCUUUUGGACCAAAUUAAACCAUCCAAACCUGUGGUUCAGUGUCACCUCCUUCAUGGGACCGUGUAUUUGGCCCAGAUCAGAGUCAGAUACCAGCAGAGCCCCUGGAGUGAGUGGAGCAGCAGCCACUCUGGACUCACCUUGGAGAGUGCUCCUACUGGACGCUUAGACACAUGGAUUAAGGUAUCAAGGGAUAACACUCCCACACAACUCAACAUACAGUUGUUCUGGAAGGCAUCAAAGCAAUUCAGAGCAAACAGCCAAAACGUAUCAUACGUCAUCUUCCUGCAUAAACAGCCGAAUAAAAAGAGUAAACUCUGCUCUACAAGUGACAAUUAUUGCACUUUCACAGUUUCUAAGAGAGCAAGGAAAGUGUAUUUGAGUGCUUUGAACAGGGCCGGGAAAUCCUUGCCCACUGACGUUCGUAUUUACCAACCAAAAGUAGCUCAGUCUGCAGUAAAAGACGUCAAGGCUGUACCUCAUGACAGCAGAUCACUCCUGGUCCAGUGGACAAGUUUGGUCAGCUCAGAUCUAACUGGUUACGUGGUGGAAUGGAGACCUUUGUUAAAAGCCGACCUCUCCCACAUUCACUUUGAAACAGUGGCCAAAAACCAGUCUAGCUUCAUCAUAACAGGCAACUUUGAGCCAUACAAACCCUAUGGGGUCUCAGUAUAUCCUAGGUUUGAGGAUGGAAUUGGUUUUCCUCAGACCGUUAAUGCCUACCUAAAACAAAAGGCUCCAGACAUAGUUCCUAAAAUUAAAAUAAAAAAUACCUGGGGGUCUCAGGUUGAGUUUAGCUGGGAUGAAAUACCUUUAAACCAAAUGAAUGGAAUCAUCCAGGGCUACAAAGUAUUUUACUGGAACGGGAAGAAUCCAGUUAAAGUUGUGAGCGUAGGCCCAGAAGAGAGAAAGCUGAUCCUGGAAAACCUCAACACCAUGACUGUGUACGAAGCAAUAAUGAUGGUUACCACAUGUGGUGGGAGCCUCAAUGGGACAAUAAUUCACUUUCAAGUCCAGCCUUUCGAUGCAGUAACCGUUGGUAUGAUUGUCAUAGCAUCUGGCGUUGGAUUGGCUGUCUUUAUCAUUUUCACCUUCAUGACUUGUUUUUCCAAAAAGAAAAGGCUGAAGGGUCACUUAUGGCCUCUUGUUCCGGAUCCAGCAAACAGCAGCGUCAAGAGAUGGACAUCAGAAUCACUUCAGUAUGCCCAUCCUUCUUGGAACAAUGAGGAACCAAAUCCAAAAUGUUUGUCCCACCUCAGCCUCCUGGACCUCACAACAAAGCCAAUCAAAGGGAUGGAUGAUCUUUGGUUGAACAGAACAGAGGACACCAGUGAUCUAGCCAAGUCAAUUUGUGGUUCGCCAUUCAUACCUGGAUACAAUGGUUCAAACAGCAACUCUGUUCCUUAUGCCACUGUGAUCUUCUCUGCUCCAUUCAACAAUCCACCACCUAUGGAGCGUCCUGUCUAUCUACGCUCUGAAUCCACACAGCCCCUAUUAGAAAUGGAGGAAUCUUUCAGUCCAAAGUCCUACCAGAAUAUGGUCACAGAUGGAAAGCCAGUUGAGCAGUGUUUUUUUGGGCCAGACCAUGAUUGUAUCCCUGAAAAAGGGUUAGACCCGGCCGAUCUUUGGCAUGACUUUCCUUUUCUGCAAGCCUUAGCCAUGAAGGAAUCUGAAGAUUACUUUGAAGAUUACUAGUGCUCUGCUGAUUUGGCCUGGUAUUGAUUUACGGUCAUGUUAGUAAGUUUUAGAAAGAUUACUAAGCAUAGCUCACAGCUGUUUGAUUUUUGAUUUAUGCUGAGAAAUGUUGUUGCCUGAGUUUUCCUUUUAUUACCUUUUAUAAAUGCUGCAUUCAAAAAUAAACUUUUGCUGUACAGGGCUUUCGUAAUGUUUGAAUUAUGUGAACUUUCUCUCUUUUACUUCAGUCUUAUUUGCAUUGAGUCAAAUGAGUUGUUUGGUGUCAGAAAUGUGAGUGUUUUCAAUAUACAAACACUCAUAUUUCAUGUGAACUUCUAAUGCUCCCCAUUCCAACAGUGUGGUACAAACAGUUUUUUUUUCCAUGGCAGGUAAAGGUAUGGUCUGCCUGUGUUUACAUCUAACUUUCUUGUGCUUAUAUUGACUGAUUGUUUAACAAGCCUCAUGAUGAAUCAAUCAAAAAGUGUAAGCCAGACAUUGACCGAGUGAAGCUGGGUGUGUAUUAUUUGUUUUCACAUGAGCAACAGAAUAAAACUUUGUUCACUUGAAAUGUACAAUUAUGUGGUAUUUUCAUACUGUAGUUUAUUGGUCAAGUACUUUCUA